AUUUACUCACACGGGAAAGAUAAAAUGCUAGAGCUUAUUGAUCCGUUGAUUAUAUUUUUAAACUUACUACCAGCAGUGCUCAUGACGGAGUCCCAGCAAGAAAUAGUUCCAAGGACGGAGUUUGUUGAAUAUAGGCCUGGUACUAUUAACCUGGUAAUCAGUAUUCCACAUGGAGGAGAAAUAAGACCUCUGUACUUAACCAAUAGAAGUGAAGGGUGUAGAAUGGAUGGUAACUGUGUUUACAAAAAUGAUGAAUUGAGAACAAAAUGUCCCCCGUCAAAUAUCUGCAAGAUUGUGACUGGUGGGGAUGAGUUUACUGUAGAGCUGGGAACAGCAAUGGUUCAACAAUAUAAACGGAUUACAGGAGAAACCCCUCAUGUUGUUGUGGCUAAGCUGCAUAGAACCAAGGUAGAUUUUAACAGGGGCGCAGACGAGGGAGCUCAGGGGGACAAGCAGGCUCUAGAUAUUCAUAGAGAUUACCAUGAUACGCUGAGAAAAGUAAAAGACAGUUUGAAAGGUGUUGGGCUUGUUAUUGAUCUACACGGACAAAACCACGGCAAAAACUCAACAGAGUUAGGGUACAGAUACUUGACAGAGGAGCUAAAUACAGGGAUAUUCACAACUACACCUAGCAUUAGGUCUCUGAUGUCAAGAAAAGAAUUGAACGUUGAAAAUAUACUUUACGGCGAUGAAAGUCUUGGAAAACUGUUUGAAGAUGAAGGUUAUAAAGCACUUCCGUCCCCGAGGCAACCAAGCCCAGGCCAGGAUAAGUAUUACAGAGGAGGAUAUAUAACAGAAGAAUAUGGGUCUAGUCAAGGAGGUGAUGUUGAUGCUAUACAGAUAGAAGUUCCAGGAGAAAUCAGGAGAGAUGAGAUGGUUCGAGGAUUGUAUGCAGAUAGUUUAGCGAGGAUACUUAGCACAUUCUUUAAACAAAACUAUCUUUAAUAAUACGAUAACAAAAACUACCAAUAGUUAAGUAUUAUAAAUACAGAACUAUCUUUAAUAAUAAAAUAACACUAACUAUAAUAGUUAAACAUAUUCUAAAUACAGAACUAUAUUUAAUAAUAAGAUAACAGUAACUAUUAAAGUUAAACAUAUUCUAAAUACAGAACUAUAUUUAAAAAUAAGAUAAGAAUAACUAUUAUAGAGUUUAACAUAUUCUAAAUACAGAACUAUAUUUAAUAAUAAGAUAACAAUAUCUAUUAUAGAGUUUAACAUAUUCUAAAUACAGAACUAUAUGUAAAAAUAAGAUAAGAAUAACUAUUAUAGAGUUUAACAUAUUCUAAAUACAGAACUAUAUUU